UGAUCGUUAAUAGGUUUGGGUACGUUGACAUUUUUUGAAACCAUUCCAAAAUUUUGGAAAUGUAAGAAAAAGAUGUGAAAAUUGAAUGUUUUGUAAAACGAAUAGACACAAAGGAAAAAUGGAGUUUCGUUUUAAACUUCUGUUUUUCUGUGGGCUUUUGUCGUACGCUCAGUGUGAAGAGUUCGAGUUCCCGGCUGGAGACAGCUUCACCCUCGUGGACGAGAGUACACUUCCGGACCCUACCCUGUAUGCUGACGUCAAAAACACAGGAAGUUUCUUGAUAGACUCGCAAGAAUCGCCAAAAACAUUAGAAAAGCGACUUGGAAAGAAUGUACCUGUGUCAAAGUUCAUGUCAAAGGACAAUAAUGCACGAUAUGUUCGAGCACAUCCUACAUUUAUGAAAUGUCUUCAACAACUUAUCAUGCGUCUCCGACAACAAGGAAUUAUGGUAGAGUUACAAAGAGGCUUUAUCACGAGCUCAGAGAGCACCAAAAGUACCGAUGAUCAGUAUCUACAAUCCGGAUGUGGAGCUGAGCUGGGGAUCGCAAGCGGUUCCAGCGGUACGGUCACUGACAUCGCGAAAGCAGCAUUCAACGCCUGUCCAGUUAUUGUUGAGAGAGAAAUGCGGGACUUGUACGUGCAUCUUAUGUCAAGCAAAGUGCACGUGCACAUGGCAGGCCCAGAAGCUACCGGUCCUACUUUUGUUGUAACUGGUGUUUCCGGUAUUGCAAACGCUGAAGCCGAAGCUCAAACAUGGACUAACGACGGUAUAGAGCCCACAGGAAACGCGGACUGCAGUAAUUUUACCACCUUGACAAAUGGCCAGCAUUACCCGGCAAUGUUCACGCAUGACCGUGUUCUCGGCAAUAUAGAUGUGAAGAUCACAAGAAACAUGACCGAGUUUAAAAGGCUUGUUCAGUAUCAAGGGACUAAUAUUGAAUUCGAGAAUACAGAGAGAUCUGCUACCUGGUGUGGUGAGACCUCGAUACAAUGCCCGAGCACAUGUGCUGACGGACUUCAGGGGAACACGGUUAACGAACGAUGCGCAGACAGGGUCAUGUCCAGUCGUCUGCUAUCAGUCCUAAAUAAAUUACAGAGGAAAGCAAGAAUUUCUAUGAGCGACAAACUCAGGGUUCUUGAGGCCUGGGACGAGCCUUAUGACGGACAUGCUCAAGGUGAUAGCGCAGACGGUUCACUACACUACGAAGGUCGCGCGGUCAAGGUCACGUUGUCGUCUGGUGACACAAAUAAACUUUCGCAACUUUCGAACUUUGCGAUCUGUUUAGGUGCAGAUUAUGUCGAACACAAAGGUACACAUCUAUACAUUGCCGCCAAAAAGUAUUUGGCAGGUGGGUCAAAGGUUCUAUUUCCGAACAUGGAAUUACUGGAAGUAGAUGUACCUGUCGCAGUUGAGAGCUCCUAUAGUUUACCGUCUGCGUUUUCUGAAAAAGAAAACAGACAGUACCCGUUAUUUGACAGUAGCGGAAGACUGAAUGCCACACUAUCUCCCGGUGUCACAGUAGGGCAGUUCGUGUCGAAGAACUAUCGUUACUUCCGGUUAAACCCACGUAUUCACGACUGCUAUAUUGAUAUGGUUUACCACGAGAACAAAAUGCUGAAAACAUCAGAUCCUAAAGUAGAGAUAGAAGUUAUUCGAGGUUAUCUUUCGAAUAAUGAAAACAACCGGAAGUUUGACGUCAUAAACGACAGACGCUACAACCGGCAUACAUUAGGACUUGCCAUGCAGCUCAAGUACAAAUCUUCAUCUACUCUGCCUGCGACACACACACCAUACAGGUUGUUUAAAGUAGCCAUAGAUAAAUGUGCACCAAGGUUCUAUCAGGCGAACAAUGCAAUGGGUAUCGGGUUAUACCAGGACAGUAUAUUUGUUGACAUGCGGCCCAAGUUUCAUAUGAUGAAACAAAGCGUCGACAACCUUCCGGAUGGUGUUGACCGUAACACAUUUGAAGAUGACGUCAUACAGCGAUUUAAUCUUGCACGAGGGGGAAAGAUAGUUGAUCCGGAAAAUAUAACUACAGCUUGCAUAUUCCAAACAGCCCCUCAACCUCAGUCCAUUGAUUUCAAACAUGAACACCCGGAGGUCGUGCAUCGUAAAAGACGCCGUAAGAGGGCUGCCGAUGACGAGUCAUGCGUGCCAACACGAUACACGAAAUUCUGUUCUUUAACAGAACAGCACAGAAACGCCGUUAUAGAAGAUAUUAAGGGUCAGUUAGAUCGUGUACACUAUGGCGAUGAAAAGGCAAAGGCUAAAGUUCUGAUUGCACUAGACGGAUGCUUUGGCGAUUGUGGAACGUGUCUUGAUGGUGAGAUCUAUUUUAGUAAGACUGAACACUGCAACAAUUUCCUGCACUGGGUAAACUGGGAGUUACUUAACAAUCAACCUGACGUCACCAACUUUUUUGUCCGCUCUAACAGAAACGCCAAUAUUCAUGCAUGUGAGGGUGGGAAUGAUUGUAUUGAGAAUUCUCCACUGUUUUCUCUUGUUGCCCCCUCUGUUGAAAAGGUAUUCCGGCGCGAUCCGAAAAAGAGCGUAGAAGAGGAGCUGUACUCCAUCGCUAAUAACCCGAGUCCAGUAAUGCGGUUGUUGGAGGAUAUAUACGCCAUCCAGGCCUCCGGUAUCGUCAAGUUCUGGGUCCGUGAUGAUACAGAGAUGACCGCUUUAAAACGACAGCUCGAGGUUGUUAUGCUUUACAACAAGAACGUGACUCUCGUGCAAAUACACGUGGAGCGUUACAAGAUUGCACGUGACGCAGUCAGGAGCGUUGUUGAAAAGGCAGCAAAAACAAUGGCGCUAAAUGGAUGCCCGGAUGUGUCAAGAGAAACUUUGACACCGUACGAAAUACUGGAGGUCCCUUCAGAGAAGAAGAAGCGGGCUGCCGAGCCACCUACACUGCGCUAUCAGAUACGUGAUUAUCACAAGAACUUUGAGGCUAGAUGGGCUGGCAGGCAUAUCCUACUAUAGGCAAAUUUGACGCAUAAUUCCAAUUCAACGCAUUAUAAAAAUGUAUAUGAAUUUUUGUGUGGACACUUCAUAAAAAAUGCACAAUUUAUAGACUCACUGUUUUUCGAACUGAUUUUCAUUUUGUAUUUUAAUAUAAAAUUCAAUACCUUGUAAAUAUUUUGACGGAUCUUCAUCACAAUUAUCUCUACAUUUCUAUAACAAUGAUAAUGUGUCCAUCUUCGAUAAUCCUUCCUAUUUCCACCUUCUCAACUAAAACUCCUCCCAUUUUCAUAAAAAAAUGUGAUUGUAAACAUGCUCUUGUAUUUGUGAUUAACAUUCUAUAGAUGUUAUUUUAUGCCUUUGCUUUGAAACCUUGAGAACAAUCUACCAAUUUUUAUUUUCUAUUAGAAAAUCACCAGAAUAUAUCAUUUAAUUCGAGUUACUCACAGAUCUAUAUGUGUAUGUGUAAUUCACCAUCUUAUCAAUCGUCUAUGACGAGUUAUAAGUCGAUAAAAUGAAGGUUUAUAUAAGAUUGUUACGCAAAAACAUUGAACAAUACAUUUUUUCGAACUAUUUUAUGCAGAAAUGUUUUCAAUUCUGAUCUUCUUAAUCACAAAAAUGAUUCCGGUUACCUCCCCUUCUUGGACAGUUCUUGACAAAUGCAAAUCACAUUAAUGUAACGAUUGGGAUAAUUCAUCGUUGAAGGCAUACUAAACGAUUUGGCCUUAUUCAUGAUACCAAUUACUUAUUGGUUGAAUUAAAGUUCAAUGUAGUUCA